AUGACAAACAAUAAUACAAUUCGUGAACUUAAACUUCAUAGUCCAGCUGGUGUUGAACCAGCUGUGUUUACUUGGCCAAAUAUUGAACGACAAAAAACAAAACAAGAUGCUAUAUUUAUUGCUGGCGAUGAAAUUGUUCGAACAAUUCGUUUAGUUUUCGAAGAUUAUCCAGAAUUAUAUCAACAAAAUGUCAAUCUUGAUCAAUGUGAUAUUCAUUCAUAUAAUAAAAUGAAAGAAUUAUGUGAUAAAUUUAAUAAAAUUAUUGAUACACAUGUUAAAUUAAAUCGUGGUACAGAAACUUUUUCUGCUCGACUUGAACAACGUGCUACAGCUAAAUUAUUUCGUCAUAUUCUUGCUCAAGUCUAUAGCCGAGCUGUAACUAAUCCAGAUAAAUUACGUGAUUAUGAACCAUUUUCUCCAUCAGUCUAUGGCGAGACAUCACCUGAUUUAAUCGAUUCAAUACUUAAAUUAAUUAAUUUAACUGAAGAUCAAACAUUUAUUGAUCUUGGUUCAGGUGUUGGAAAUGUUGUUUUACAUGUUGCUGCUUUAUCUAAUUGUAAACAUGUCUAUGGUAUUGAACAUGAAGAAACUCCAGCAACAUAUGCAUGUGCUAUGGGAGAUGAAUUUCGUUUUUGGAUGCGUUGGUAUGGAAAACAUCAUUCAGAAUUUCAAUUAGAACAAGGAGAUUUUUUAUCACAUCCAAAAAUGGAUGAAAGAAUCAAAGAAGCUGAUGUGAUUUUUGCUAAUAAUUAUGUAUUUGGUUCAACAGUUAAUCAUGAAUUAAAAGUUAAAUUUAUGAAUAUGAAAGAUGGAGCAAAGAUCAUUUCAUCAAGAGAAUUUUGUUCCGAAAGCUUUCGUCUUAAUGAUAGAACAAAAAAUGAUUUAGGUGCUGUUAUGCAUGUGACAAAACCUGAAGAAUGUUUUGGUAAAGUCAGUUGGUCAGAUAAAUCUGUUCAAUAUUAUCUUCAUGUUAUUGAUCACAGUAAAUUAGCACAUUAUUAUGAAAAAGUACAUCAACUUCAUACAAAAGGAUCAAAGACAAAGUAA